AUGGCGCGCGGGGGCUCCCCCACGCACCGUGUCCGCGUCCUCGUCCUCCCGGGCCUCGCCGUGGGGUCCUUGUCCUUCCGCCGCGUCCUCUCAUCGCUCUCCUCCCGCGGCGUCCACGCCACGGCGCUCGACCUCCCCGGCCAGGUCUCUCCCGGCGCCCCCCGUCGUGCCCGCGCCCUCCCAGACAAGCAGCGCUCCGGCGAUCAUGGACCGUGGCAUCUUCCACGCCGAGCACCUCGUGCAAACCGGGCGAGGUCCCGUACCAGAGGAGGCGCCGCCAGCCGCCGCCCCGAGUGGAGGGGUUCUUCGGAGGAGGUGAGGAGGCUGCCGAUGCUGGUGCUGUGGUCGGGUUCUUGGUCAGACAUGUGGAUCGAUGAGGGGAAGAAAGUGGCGGCUGCAUUGCCUGACGCCAAAUUUGUCUACCAUUCCGGAGGCCGAUGGCCUCAGGUAACUUACCACCCACUGGAUGUUCUCCGGCUCAGGCUAGCAGUUCAAUCUGGACACAGCACUUUAUCUCAAGUAACCACUCUUAAUGAAGGAAUCUGUCCAGAGAAGUACAAGAAUAGACGAGAAACGUCUCUAGCAAUUGCUCUUCUUUCAGCAACAUUUGCAACUUUGAUGUGUUAUCCCCUGGACACUGUUAGCAGCCAGAUGCAGAUGAAAGGCACACCACACAAUACAUUUUCUGAUGCUAUUCCAGGCAUUGUGGAGUGUGAUGGUCUAGCCGAUAUCGCCGUAGCGUUAGCACGGGCAACAUACCCCAUUCUAUUUUAA